UUCAAUCUUCGAGAGACGGGUAAAGAAAAAUUUAAAUGACUCGUUCGAACCCAGAGGUUUACGGCAUUCCACCCGAUAUGAGUAUAAACUACGGGGUUCGAAUCUAUGCACUGGCCACACUCUUCGCCUUGAUCGCUCUGGCCCAGUGGCUGGUGAUUGGUUUUUUUGUGGAUUUGGGCAAGGAUGCGACAGGUUUACGAUAUGGUAUUUGGGUUGUGGGAACGUUCUUUGGCAUAUCUAUGCUGGCCUGGACAAACUUUGGACGCAAGUUUCCCAUCAAUAUCAUAAUCAGUGCGAUUAUAAUCGAGAGCUCGACCAUGUAUAUAGGAAAAGAGCAGCAGAUGACGAAAAGCCUGCUUGUGAAUUCCUAUGCAAGCAUUAUUGUAGUGGCCCUGGUCACAUUAUGCAUCUUCUGGGGUGCCUACUUUCCCAUGCCAUUGGUGCCGGGUGAUCUUGUGUUGAGUUUACUUGUGGCCGGUGCCAACAUCAUGAUAAUUGUGUUUUUCAUCAACGGCUUUUCGGUUCAAUCAAGUUCGGUUUACACGAUGGUGCGAAACUUUUUUGCACUCUUUGCCGUCGUAUUGAUCAUGUAUACGGCCACCAUAAUACACAAUCGGCAGUUCGAUGUACCCAAGAAUGAAUAUUUGUUUCUCAGCACGCUGCUUUUCUUUGGCUACAUGCUCCUGCACGAACGAAUGUUGGCCCUAUCGUAA